UGGCGGGCUGGAACUGCUUUUCUCCAACCAAAGAAACCACAAAGUUUCGUUGCCAGCACAAGAUCAAGAUGGAAAACCAGCCAACAUCGCCUUCCUCAUCAAACAUCUAUGCGAAAACCUCAUGACGGACCAGAAAAGAGAACUCUUCCUUCUGGACGGAUCUGUGUAUGUUCUGAUCUCGGAAACAAACUCCUUAUGUAUUCUCGUCUUGAUCAAUGACGCAGAUUGGGAACUCGAGGGUGAGGACCAAUAUGAGCUUCAACCAAGAGACCAGAUCGUCUUUGUAUCUACAUUGCACGGCGGAUAG